GCAGUCCCCUUCGGUUCAGGAGUCUUGAGUCCCCCGACCCAGAGCUAGAGCUGUAGCGUUAUUUAAUUGCGUUUGUGGGGUUGGAAGGCUGCUAAAUCACCUUUAGAAAGCGUUGGUUAAUGAGUUAAGGGGAGGUAGUGGUGACCUAAGGCAAUGCUAACCCAGUGUAGAUUUAAUCGGGCUGGAGCCUGACGUUAGCCGUCCUGCUGCAUCAUCACAGGGGAUGUGGACGGCGGGCCUUCAACGAUAGCUCUGCACCGUGACUGAUAACAGCAACGUUUGUCUAUAAACCUAUCACCGAAAAUGGAAAACUACUAUUAAUCAUCCCUGCCCAUAGAUUAUUGGUCUGUGUAUUACGCUGAGCUGUAGAGCCACCGGAUCUUCUCCAGACAAGAGAGCCACCUGCUGUGCCCGGCUGUUGUUACUUCAUUGUUUACAGUGUUUCAGCAGCAGCAUGAGGCGUUGCACACAUCGCAAAGGGAUUCUGCGGCAAGCACAGCGCUUUAUUUCAUUGUAGCUGCUUUAAAGACGUUGCCUUCCUCUUUCUGGAAUUGGUUUCAACAGAGUUUCAGAAACCAGUUUAUGGUGAAAAUAAUGAGAUUCAUUGACACUGCCCAAGGAGGCAACAUCAGAAUGGUCACAUGUAUUGAUUCUCUGUUCAGCAUGAGAAGCUCAUUUCCCUAGUUAUCUCAAUGAAGGCCUUUUUCUGACAAAAGUUAAGGGCCAACUGGGGCCAGGGGGUGGAGUACUAAAUCUCCUUUGCCAUCUGUUUGUCCUUGGAGUUCAUCUCUUUACAUUUCAUCACCCUCCUGAUUUAGAGAUGGAGCUCUUCUUCAACCCUUUUGACAACUUGCUGUGUAUCCUGUUGGGCAUCUCGUUCACUGUGUGGUUCACCCUGCUUCUGGUCUUCAUUAUUGUGCCUGCCAUCUUUGGGGUCUCUUUCGGCAUCCGACGUCUUUACAUGAAAACGCUGUUAAAGGUCUUUGAGUGGGCCACACUUAGGAUAGAGAGAGGGGCAAAAGAAAAUAAUCACCUCCUGUACAAACCCUACUCAAAUGCUAUCAUUGCCAGGGAGCCCACCUCGUUGGAGGAGGAGAUCAAGGAGAUCCGGCGGAGUGGUAGCAACAAAGACCUUGACUCAGCCACUGAGUUUGAGAUGUCUGACAUCUUCUAUUUUGCUCGGCGAGGAGUGGAGAGCAUCAUGGACGAUGAGGUGACCAAGCGGUUUUCUGCUGAGGAGUUGGAGUCCUGGAACCUGCUGACACGCAGCAACUACAACUUUCACUACAUCAGUCUGAGGCUGACUGUCCUAUGGGGGCUGGGUCUGCUGAUCCGCUACGGCUUCCUGCUGCCACUCAGGUUAACUCUUGCUGUCACUGGUGUAGGCCUCCUUGUGUUUCUCACCUCUGUAGUUGGGCUGCUGCCGAAUGGAAAGAUGAAAAACAUCCUGAGUGAAAAGGUCCAUUUAAUGUGCUACAGAAUAUGUGUCAGAGCCCUGACAGCCAUAAUAACCUACCAUGACAGUGAGAAUAAACCCAAGAAUGGAGGCAUCUGCGUUGCCAACCACACAUCGCCCAUCGAUAUCAUCAUUCUGGCCAGCGAUGGCUGCUAUGCUAUGGUUGGUCAAAUUCAUGGCGGCUUGAUGGGGGUCAUUCAAAGAGCCAUGGUCAAGGCCUGCCCACAUGUUUGGUUUGAACGCUCAGAAGUCAAAGACCGACAUCUAGUGGCCAAAAGAUUGAGUGACCAUGUAGAAGAUAAAUCUAAACUGCCCAUUCUGAUAUUUCCAGAAGGUACCUGCAUUAACAACACCUCAGUUAUGAUGUUUAAGAAGGGCAGUUUUGAGAUUGGUGCCACAGUCUACCCUGUGGCCAUUAAGUAUGAUCCCAGAUUUGGAGAUGCCUUCUGGAAUAGCAGCAAGUUUGGCAUGGUCAACUACCUGUUACGAAUGAUGAGCAGCUGGGCCAUCGUGUGCAGUGUGUGGUACCUUCCUCCCAUGUCUAGAGAGGAGGGAGAGGAUGCUGUACAGUUUGCUAAUCGUGUAAAGGCAGCCAUAGCCAGACAAGGAGGGCUAGUUGACCUCCUGUGGGAUGGAGGAUUGAAGCGAGCAAAGGUAAAAGAUACAUUUAAAGAAGAGCAGCAGAAGCUAUACAGUAAAAUGCUAGUGGGCACCCAAGAAGACCGCAGUCGCUCCUGAGGGACCUGUGUGGAGGUGGACUGGCUCAGACACCCACUUGGGCACCACUAACAGUCAGCGGGGCUACCUCUCUGUUGGAGCUCCUGGACGGGAAAAUUCCCCUUUCUGAUGUCAACAAUAGUCCAUUUGGCUUCCUUAGUCACUGCCUCAGCCUGGCACGCUCAGUUUGCAUCGCUUUUAUGGGUCAUUCUGGGUCUGCUGAGCUUUGUUGGAAUAGCUUGACUGAAGCCUUGCUUGCACUAGAAAUGAAAAAGAUGUGCGCUGAAAAAGAGCAUUGUCUUCGGUGGCAGCCUUUUGAGGCAAACUUAAAUUAUCUAUAAUUUAGUUCCUGUCUGUUCAAUAGUGUCAGCUUUUUAAUUUUUAUUUUACAAUCCUGUUUUUAAUCACCCUGUGCUAGUGUUACAGGCCAGCUUAUACCUGGGAGUUAGAAAACGGUAAUUGUACAUAAAAAUGAGUUUGUUUAAAAGCUAAAACCUGUCACUGAGUUGGGGUUUUGCAUCAGAAUUUAGGACACACUGCCAGAUUUUGUUACAUUUCAGAUAUUUUUAUGGGCUUUUUCCAAAAGAGAGAGAGAAAAAACCCUGUAUUUAAGCUUUAUGUUUUACAUUGAUUUGUAUCAACAUACUGUAUAUGUGGUCACUGUAGACGUUACCGUGCAGAUGAGCUCUUGAUAUGUUGUCUGUUUUUUUUCCACGGAAUGUGUAAAUUCUCACAUUAUGAAGUGGAAAAACUAUACCCACAUUUACUUCCAUGGAGGUGUAUGUUUUUGUGCAUGUAUUCCUUUUCCAACAAAUAAUACAGCCUAACUGGAGUUCUGGUUUUAGCAUUUCUCCUUUAAACUCAUAUCACAAAAGUAAUGAUGCUGGAUGAUGACAUCACAAAUGGUCUCCUGACUAAAACAGUCAUGAUGACAGCUACCUGAAACAUAGUUGUGCUAAUACAGUUCCUGACUGGCAUCAUAAUUUCACUAGCUUUCUGUUUGUGCAGUGACCAUCGUGCUUAAUUUAAGUGAACUAAAAGCUAUUGACCCUCCCAUCAAUUAUCCUUGUCCUACUUGGCAGCCACUUAAAGGAAUGUUUGAGGAGGGACAGAUUGCAGCUGUUGCUUGGACUCCCUGUUGGGCUGGAGUUGGGGAUCACGGUGGAAAGCCUCAGGAGUUUCUCCAUGAGGUUUUCAUCCCUCUAGUUUACUGUUGUCAGUGAAAGUUAUUUAGGUUGCAUCACAGAUGUUCAUCAAAGUAAAUGUUAAAAAAUAUGACAACCUUUGUCUUCAGGGCUUUAAUUGUGCUUCUCACUCUGCCGAUAAUGUUUGUUUUCCUCUGAUGCAGGUACAGAGGGUUUCUAACUUGUUCUUACAGAAGCAUAUGGGAACUAUAAGCCUGAUAAUGUGGCUGCAGGUCAACAUGGAUAUUACAUAGGAUAUAUGCAGUUCAUAGAUGCAAUUGAUGAAACUGUAGACUACAACACAAACCAUUACCUUCAAAUUACCUA